AUGGGAUGGCCAAUCAUAGGAGAAACUUUGGAAUUUGCUUUGGCUUGUCAAGGGGGUAACCCGGGGAGAUUCUUGAACGAUAGAAUGAACAAGUACUCCCCUCAAGUGUUCAAGACCUCCUUAUUGGAAGCGAACAUGGCUGUGAUGUGCGGCGCUUCGGGGAACAAGUUUCUUUUCUCCAACGAGGACAAACUUGUAGUCUCAUGGUGGCAGCGUUCAAUGAAGAAGAUUUUGUGCUUCCCAUCUGUCUUCAACGAAACUUUAACAGGAGAUAAGUUCAGACCCCCUACCUUCCUUCCUGAAUUUCUCAAGCCAGAAGCUCUGCAACACUACAUAGCCACCAUGGAUUCGAUGGCAAGCGAACACAUUGAGUUGAAUUGGUCUCCUAAUAGAGAGGUACUGGUUUUUCCGCUUGCAAGGAAGUACAGCUUUGCGUUGGCUUUCCGGCUCUUUAUGAGCAUUGAUGAUCCUGAGUAUGUUGAGAUGAUUUCUCAUCCCUUCCAGAUUUUGAACGAAGGAUUCCUUUCUGUGCCUAUAGAUAUUCCUGGGACUGACAUUCAACCGUGCUCUCAAAGCCAGCAAAUUCAUUCACAAUGA